AUGGAAUUUAGUGGUGCUGGACAUGAUCAGCUUCAUGCUGAAAUUCUCCAGAAGCAUAAUUUGAUAAUGUCUUCUCAAUAUUCCAAUCAAUUUUUACAAAGGCAGCAACUUAUGCUUCAGGCACAACAGAAUUCAUUCAAUCCAUCUGUCAGUAGUUUUGAUGGCAAAAGACCAAGGCUGCUUCUUAAUAAUCAAAUUGUGGUUCCUGGAAAAGAUGGCCAAUCAAGUUCUGUAGGCGGUUCCAUUCCCAAUAUUGGAACACCUUCACAAAUUGAUUUCCCUGAAUUGUUGCCUUAUAUGGACAUGGAAACGCUCCUUAAGGCUACCAAAAGUCAAGGUGGGCGAAAGCAAAAACGAAAAGUAGGAUCAUAUUCAGGUCCUGGCAAUACCUCUGGAACUGCAAACACAGUGGGGCCAUCUUCUGGUUCACCUUCUACACCAUCUAUGCAGACACCACUGCCAACUCCGCAACAGAAUGAUUUGGGAUCACUUGCAUCAACACAGAAUCAAUUGGCUGGUAUGGGCCAUCUCAAGAGUGGUGGAUCUUUGGGUGAAAAUCUUGCUGAUGCAGUUCAUAAAGGACGAGUUGGAACAGGAUUCUCAUUGAAGGAGAUCAAACAUGGAAUGGCUAGUUCACAUAUAGUUGACUGUUGUCACUUCUCCUCGGAUGGAAAACUGCUUGUUACUGGUGGUCAUGACAAAAAGGCUUCUCUUUGGUGCACAAAAUCGUUUAACCUGCAAUCUACACUUGAAGAGCACACUCAAAGGAUAACUGAUGUUAGAUUUUGUCCAAGCAUGUUCUGUGUUGCUACGUCCUCAGCCGACAAAACUGUGAAGGUUUGGGAUGUCAAUAAUCCUGGUCAUUCUCUUCGGACAUUUACAGGGAGUACAGCUGUGAUGUCCAUAGACUUUCACCCAAGUAAAGAUGACCUUAUUUGCUCUUGUGAUAAUAAAGAGAUAAGAUAUUGGAGUAUUGAAAAGGGUUGUUUAGUUGGGGUUUACAAGGGUGGUGUAACUCUGGUGAGAUUUCAACCUGGUUUGGGAAAGCUUCUUGCAGCAGCAGCAAAUAAUCAAAUACUCAUCCUUGAUGCAGAAACUCUGAGAUGCAAAUUUAAAUUGCAGGGUCACAAGAGCCCUGUUCAUUCGUUGUGCUGGCACUCUUCCGGAGAUUAUCUAGCAUCUGUCAGUGAUGAUAUGGUUAAAAUCUGGGCUGUUGGAUCUGAUAGCAGCGGGGUAUGUGUUCAGGUAUUGAAAGCACAUGGGACCGAUGAAAAAUUCAAGACCUGUGUUUUCCAUCCCAUCUUUCAUGUUGUGAUCAUUGGCUGCAAUGAGUCGCUUAUGCUGUGGAACUUCAUGGAUAGACAAAAAAUGACUGUGCCUGCACAUGAAGAUCUUGUGUCUGCCUUGGCAGUCUCUGAUGUUACCGAGUUGGUGGCUUCAGUCAGCCUUGAUAAGCAAUUUAAGAUCUGGAAGUGACUUACAGUUGCUGUCCAUAAUAUAGGUUUACAUUCCUUUAGGCAACAAAACAUAGGGAGGGUCUUUGUAUAUGCCUUUUUGAUCAUACUGCCUUAUAUAUAGGUCUUAUACUACAAGCAGUAAAUGGCAUGUUUUGUAUUUUUGCGCAAAUGUAAGUAAUAUUAGAAUGAAAGUGAUAGACCUCAGGAAAAAAAAGAAAGAAAUACUAUGUUUUGUAAUUUUUCUUGGGAAUAUUAUAAACAUCCUCUACA